GGUUGUGGACAUUCCUAUUAUAGGAUUUCUUGACCAGAUAUUUCCUUUCGAAGUUGUUUGUCCUGAUUGAUUAGUGCCUGUAUGAUUAAGUAAACAAAACUUGUUCUACCAGUCAUGGGAUCAAGAUCAUACGCUAGUUUUUUGGACUUGGCUUCUGGGGAGCUAUUGGAUAUUCCGCAAACUCCGAGAUUUCUUCCACGAGUGAUGACGGUUCCUGGAAUUAUCUCUGAUGGUUAUGGCAGCAAUGAUGGGGAUUCGGAUAGUACAUCAUCCAUUUGUCGUGAGAGGAAAAUUAUCGUGGCAAAUAUGCUACCUGUACACGCUCAAAGGGAUACAGAAACUGGAAAAUGGUGCUUCACUUUGGAUCAGGAUUCACUAUUAUUACAAUUGAAAGAUGGCUUCUCGCCUGAAGCUGACGUUCUAUAUGUAGGUUCCCUCAAGGUUGAAAUAGAUGCCAGUGAGCAAGAUGAAGUUGCAGAGAAAUUAUUGGAUGAUUUUAAAUGUGUGCCCACUUUUCUACCUCAUGACCUUCAGAAAAAGUUCUAUAAUGGUUUCUGUAAACAGCAAUUGUGGCCUCUAUUUCACUACAUGCUACCCAUGUGCCCAGAUCAUGGUGACCGCUUUGAUCGCGUGCUUUGGCAGGCCUAUGUGUCUGCUAAUAAACUAUUUGCACAUAAGGUUAUGGAAGUGGUUAAUCCUGAGGAUGAUUGUAUUUGGGUUCAUGAUUAUCACCUUAUGGUUCUCCCCACUUUUUUGAGGAAAUGCUACAACCGAGUCAAGCUCGGCUUCUUUCUCCACAGCCCAUUCCCUUCAUCAGAAAUCUACCGAACUCUGCCAGUUAGAGACGAAAUCCUCAAAGGAUUGCUUAAUUGUGAUCUAAUCGGUUUUCAUACAUUUGAUUACGCUCGUCACUUUCUGUCAUGUUGUAGUAGGAUGUUGGGCCUAGACUAUGAAUCUAAACGAGGGCACAUUGGACUUGAUUAUUUUGGUCGCACAGUUUUCAUUAAAAUUUUGCCUGUGGGUAUUCAUAUGGGUCGACUUGAAUCUGUAUUGAAUCUUCGUUCAACAUCUGAUAAAGUCAAAGAAAUUCAGGAACAGUUUAAGGGGAAAAAAUUGAUUCUCGGUAUUGAUGACAUGGACAUAUUCAAAGGCAUCAGUCUGAAACUACUAGCCUUUGAACAUCUCUUGCAGCAGCAUCAACAGUUACAGGGCCAAUUAGUUCUGGUUCAAAUAGUCAAUCCUGCAAGGAGCUCUGGAAAAGAUGUUCACGAAGCAAAGAGGGAGACAUAUUCAACCGCUAGAAGAAUCAAUGAAGUUUAUGGAUCUCCUAAUUAUGAGCCAGUUAUUCUGAUCGACCGCCAUGUUGCUCGCUAUGAGAAGACUGCCUAUUAUGCUGUGGCAGAAUGUUGCAUAGUGAAUGCCGUAAGGGACGGGAUGAACUUAGUGCCGUACAAGUACAUUGUUUGCAGACAGGGUUCGCCUCAUAUGGAUGAAGCUAUGGGUAUCAAAGCGGAUUUUCCUCGGACAAGCAUGCUUGUUGUGUCGGAGUUCGUCGGUUGUUCACCUUCUUUAAGUGGAGCAAUAAGGGUGAACCCAUGGGAUAUCGAAUCAGUAGCGGAAGCUUUGAAUACGGCAAUCACCAUUUCUGAUUCAGAGAAACAAUUACGACAUGAGAAACACUAUAGAUAUGUUAGCUCUCACGAUGUGGCUUAUUGGGCUCGCAGCUUUGUGCAGGAUUUGGAAAGAGCAUGCCAAGAUCAUUACCGUAAGCGCUGCUGGGGAAUAGGUUUGGGCCUAGGUUUUAGGGUUAUUUCACUUUCUCCAAGUUUCCGGAAGUUAUCCAUUGACCACAUUGUCUCUUCAUAUAAAAGGAUGAAUAGAAGGGCAAUAUUUUUGGAUUAUGAUGGUACUGUUGUACCUCAAUCCUCUAUUAUAAAAGCCCCCAGUGCUGAAGUUGUUACUGUGCUGAAUGCUCUGUGUAAUGAUCCCAAGAACACAGUGUUUAUCGUUAGUGGGAGAGGAAGAGCUUCCUUGAGUGAGUGGCUCGCUCCAUGUGAGAGUCUGGGACUAGCUUCUGAACAUGGGUAUUUUAUGAGGGAGAGUAAAAGCUCUGACUGGGAAUCUUUGGUCGCCGACCUUGAGUGGAAGGGAAUUGUGGAACCUGUGAUGAAAUUGUACACAGAGGCCACUGAUGGCUCCAACAUAGAGAUUAAAGAGAGUGCUUUGGUGUGGCACCAUCAAGAUGCAGACCCCGACUUCGGGUCCUGCCAGGCCAAAGAAUUGUUGGAUCAUUUGGAAAAUGUACUUGCAAAUGAGCCCGCAGUUGUUAAGAGAGGCCAGCAUAUUGUUGAAGUUAAACCACAAGGAGUGACUAAAGGAUUAGUUGCAGAGAAGGUUCUCUCAACGAUGGUCAAUAGUGGGAAUCCACCAGAUUUUGUUAUGUGCAUUGGAGAUGAUAGAUCAGAUGAAGACAUGUUUGAAAGCAUAUUGAGCACCGUUUCUAGUCCAUCCCUUCCUUCAGCUCCGGAGAUCUUUGCCUGCACGGUUGGGCGAAAGCCAAGCAAGGCUAAAUAUUACCUUGAUGAUACUGUUGAUGUAGUGAGGUUGCUUCAAGGCCUUGCUACUGCUUCAAAUCCAAAGCCUAGGCAUACUGCACAAUUCCAGGUUGCAUUUGACAGUGUCUUUUGAAGAUGAAUUGGAUCUGCUUUGGUGUUUUGUCAGCUCCCCCACCGAUUUGGUGGGUAUUGGAAUGGUAGGAGACAACUACUUUCUCAUGCAAUGAAGCUUCUUAGGGGGCCAACUCUUUUUUUUCUCCGUACAGUUUUGCAGUUGUUUGUAAUGGUUGCCCUUACUGAUUACAAGGCACCAUUGAUUUGUAUAGUUACUUUUUCCCCCCUCAUAUAUAACAGUUUGAUUUAAGUUUUUAAUCCAUUCAAUCUCCUUGAUGUAGUUUGUGUUCUGAUUGGGUUGAGGCUCGAUNU